AUGGGAGAUAGAAUUAAAAUUUUGACUGGUAAUGCACACAGAGAUUUGGCAAAUGAGAUCUGUGAAGACUUGAAUCUUCAAUUGGGUAAGGCUCAUGUCGGUAAAUUCUCAAACGGUGAGACCUCCGUCAUGAUCAGCGAAUCUAUUCGUGACAUGGAUGUCUACAUUAUCCAACCAACUUGCAAUCCAAAUGUUAACGAUAACUUGAUGGAGCUUUUGAUUAUGGCUGAUGCUAUUCGUAGAGCUUCUGCUCAUCGUAUUACAGCUGUCAUUCCAUGUUUUGGAUAUGCUCGUCAAGAUAAAAAAGAUAAAUCACGUGCUCCAAUCACCGGUAAAUUGGUUGCCAACCUCAUCGAAACAGCUGGUAUUGACCGUGUUAUCACCAUGGAUUUGCAUGCAAGUCAAAUUCAAGGUUUCUUUAAUAUUCCAGUAGACAAUCUCUAUGCAGAACCACAAAUUAUUAAAUAUAUUAGAAAGAUGAUUCCAGGAGAGAAGGUCAUCGUUUCACCAGAUGCCGGUGGUGUCAAGCGUGCCAAGUUGAUCUCUGAUAAAUUGGAUGCCGAGUUGGCAAUCAUUCACAAGGAGCGUAAGAAGGCCAAUGAAGUGUCCGGUAUGAUCUUGGUCGGUGACGUCAAGGACAAGGUUGCCUUGAUCGUCGACGAUAUGGCUGACACCUGCGGUACUUUGGUAUCGGCUUGCGAGAUGCUCAUCAGCAAGGGUGCCACCAAAGUCUACGCUUUGGUCACACACGGUGUCCUCUCUGGUGAUGCCGUCAAGCGUCUCAACGAGUCUUCGCUCACCGAGUUGGUCAUCACCAACACCAUCCCACACGCCGAAAAAGCUGCCAAGUGCUCAAAGAUCAAAACCAUCAACAUUGCACACACUUUAGCCGAAGCAAUUAGACGUACUCAUCAUGGUGAAUCAAUUUCUUCAUUAUUCAGUGAUACCAAUAGUAAUAGUAAGAAUAAUAAUAAAAGUAGUAUGAAAAUAUUAAAUGUAGCGGAGAAACCUUCGGCAGCUGAGGAGAUAUCCACUAUAUUGGCAGGAAGAAGACCACAAAGAAGAGAUGGAUUUUCAAAGUACAAUUGUGUUUGGGAGUAUAAAUGUUCACCGGUUCUAGGUCAGAACGAUGUAGAUAUGGUAUUCACAUCUGUUUUAGGACAUUUGAUGACAACCGAUGUCGUGCCACCCUAUACCAACUGGACAUCGUGUGAUCCUAUCGAUCUGUUUGAAGCACCGAUACACAAGUUUAUCGAUGGUGAGAACAGCACCAAUCUCGAUAAAACACUAAAGCGAGAAGGUAGACGUUGCGAUACACUCAUACUCUGGCUAGAUUGCGAUCGUGAAGGUGAAAACAUUGCAUUCGAAGUCAUCGAAAGUGUUAGAGCUGUCAAUAGAAAUAUAAGAAUAUAUCGUGCUCAUUUCUCAUCUAUUAUACCUGCUGAAAUUAAAAGAGCAAUUUCAAAUCUCGCACAACCAAACAAGAAUGAUUCGAUGGCAGUCGAUUGUAGAAUAGAGAUUGAUUUACGGUUGGGUGCAGCUUUCACUAGGUUUCAAUCGAGGUAUUUACGAUCAAAGUUUGAAAUCAAUGAUGAUCAACCUAUAAGUUAUGGACCGUGUCAGUUUCCUACGUUGGGUUUUGUGGUGGAGAGAGCGUUGCGAAUAGAGAGGUUCGUACCAGAGGAUUUCUGGGUGAUCGAUGUCAGUCACCAGAAGAAAGCGGAUGGCGAGAUGCGAACUGCCGAUUUCGGAUGGAAGCGGAAACGGUUGUUUGAAUUGGCACCGGCUUUUAUUUUCUAUGAACAGUGUCUGGACAAUCCGUUGGCGACGGUCGUCGAUGUCAAUGUCAAGGAGAAUCGGUAUCGUCCUGUUCCGCUGACAACGAUCGAACUCCAAAAGUUGGCGUCAAAGAAGCUGCGUAUCUCAUCGGAUGAAACAAUGAAGCUGGCGGAGGAGUUGUACAACAAGGGAUUUAUUAGUUAUCCGAGAACCGAGACCGAUUCUUUCCUGCCGGAAACCGAUUUUAUGGGACUGAUUAGGUUGCAGACGGACAACCAGAAAUGGGGGGGUUAUGCACAGUCGCUGCUGAACGGCGGAUUCGUCCGACCGAAGGAGGGAAAACACAAUGACAAUUCACAUCCUCCGAUUCAUCCUACGGGUGCUGCGAAUGCACUCAGUGGAAAACAAGCCAAUUUGUAUGAGUUUAUUUGUAGACGAUUCCUGGCGUGCUGUUCGAAAGAGUCGAUCUACGGACAGACCACUGUCACCAUUGACAUUGCCGAUGAGACAUUCUCAGCGACUGGAUCUAUGAUGAUACAACAAGGCUAUCUUGAGGUGUAUCCAUACGAUAAGCGAUACGACAAGAUUCUUCCGACCUACGUAGUCGGUGAGACAUUCACACCGAGCCGGUUGGAGUUGAACAAGAGUAGAACGGUCGCGCCAAAACCAUUGUCGGAACCAGAGUUACUCUCGGAGAUGGAUAACAAUAAGAUUGGAACGGAUGCCACAAUGGCACAGCAUAUCAAGAAGAUCAUCGACCGAAACUAUGUAAUCAAGAAUGAAGAGAAUCGAUUCAUACCGACUGAUCUUGGAAAGGCAUUGAUCAUCGGUUACGAUUCAAUGGGUUUCGGAUUUUCAAAGCCUGCACUCCGAGCAAAGAUUGAGGCAGAUGUACAUAAAAUAGCAACAGGCAACAGAAAGAAAGAGGAUGUAUUAAAAGAUACAAUUCAACAAUAUAAAACAUUAUUUAUUCAAGCAAGAGAAAUGUCACAUAUGUUUGAUAUAACAUUUUCAAAUUACUUUAGACCAUAUGGAUCACAAUUUAGAAUUUUACAAGCAAACUUAUCAAAGUGUGGAAAAUGUAAUAAUAAAUUAGAUUUAAAGUCGACUGAUGAUGCUAGAAGAGUACUUCAAUGUAAGACAUGUUUGGCAUCACAUAUGUUACCAAAAGUAGGUGAUAUUGUGCCAUAUGAUGGAACUUGUCCACUUUGUAAUUUCCAAGUAUUAACUAUUACAUCGGAAUCUGGAUUUCCAUACCAAGUAUGUCCUAACUGUAGAAACAAUCCACCAAGCUUUUUCAAAGAAUCACCCAAACCGUUCCACUGUUUUCAAUGCACUGCACAGUGUCCACUGGCAAGAGGAUCUACCUACAAACCAGCGGCACCUAAACAACCGGCUCAACCAUCGACUUUCAAACCAAAAGCAGCAUCUGGUAGUUAUAAACUACCUCCGAGAUCUAAUUACAAUAGUGAUAAUAAUAGAAGAGCUAAUAAUAAUAAUAAUAAUAAUAAUACUAAUCUAAAUAAUUGGUAA